AAGGUUAUUAUAGCAAAAUGUUAGCUAGGUUGGACAGUGGACAUAUAGGCUUCUUUAAGUAGCACCUUGUACUGUAUAAUUACUCUUGGAACUCUAUUAUUAUUUAUUCCGCCAAUUUUUCCAUAACACCAUACUUUAUAACUGCACGAAAAUUACGCAAAUUUUAAAUGCACUAGGUUAAACUGCAUUUUGCAACCACGCACUCGCCUUGACUCGUGUGGAAAGGGCGUACACCCUACACGCAAUCAAUGUCACCGAUGCACUUUCUUUUCUGGGGCACGCCAUUUUAACAAAUAAUGUAGAACAUGUUCCUUAUAAAUCUUGUGUUCUUCGUUAAUGUUAUUGGAACCAUAAUCAUGUAGCAAGGCGUUUUGUUUGUUUUUAUUGCACCAAAAGUUUUAAGCACGAGUGUUGAGUGUGACGUCACAACAAUUAAAGCAAAGGUUUCCAUAAAAGGUAAGUUACGCACCAAUUUAAUAAAUCAUUUGCUAAUUAAUUAUUAAUACCAAAUUGCAUAGCAUCUGCAUUUUUAAAUGCCUCAUUUGUUACUCAAUACAUUAAUAAUCGUUACCCAGAACAAUGUUAGGUAGUCGAUUAACCAGGUUUUCUUUUCCAGGCACUAAUGCAUAGGAUAAUGAGUGCGUUUGUCAAAGACUACUUAGUCGGCGCCGUUACAUUCUCUCCAAACGAGAUACUCAGGUUCAAGAGAGAUACUAACGAUAAUGCUAUCGACGAAAGCAAAUCCGACCUCAUAGAAAGAUACCCUCUAAAACUUGCCAUCAAUCUGAAACCUCCACCCGCUCGCCAAGAAAAAGAGUCAGAAGAAAGUGACAGUUCUGAAUCAUCUGAAAACAACUCUGAGGAAUCUUUGGAGGACGCCAAUAAUGGUGCUGAAGAGAGUUUGGAGAAUCCAGACGAUGGAGAUGGUGGGAACGGUGACAAAGAUGACAAAGACGAUGACAAUUCGAAUGGAGACUCUGAUUAUGACGAUGAUGAGCCACCAGGCGGUGGAGACGGGGAGGGCGGCGGUAUUCUUGGGCUCCUGGCUGGACUGAGUGGAGGCGAAGACGGUCAAUCAGAUUUGGGGUCUUUGCUCGCUGCGGUCAGCGGUAUCGUUGUAAAUCUCAGUGGUGACGGCAUUGACGUGAACGCGCUCAUUGCUUCCGGAAUCGGACUUUUUGUUGGUCUUUUGUCUGAAGGAGAGGAAAACCCUGGUGCCGUCAUCGCCAGUUAUCUGCUGACGUCGUUGGAAACAUUCACCGGAGGGGGCGCUGACAACAAUGGGAAAUUCUUUGGAAAAUUCUUAUCUACAUUGAUCAAAGGAACUAGCAAGGUGGUGAAUGAAGACGAAGAGAGUUCUGAGGACGCCAACAAGAUGCCCAUGGCCGACUCCGCCGGGUUCUUCCUGAGUCUGCUCAUGGGGCUGCUCGGAGACAUGUCCAAGGGCAGCUCGGGGGGGCACCCGUGGCGGUGA